UUUGCUUUAAGAGUGUCACGUAAAGCUACAUUUGUUGGAGGAUCUUUCCACAUAAAAUACGUAGAGGAUGUCAAACUUAGGACAAUUUGACUCUGAUUUUUAUCAAUCUAAUUAUACCAUUGAUAAUCAAGAGCAGAAUUAUAAUGAUUCUAAUGCCAAUGGAAAUCUCUCUGGAUCUAGAACAGGACAAGUGGAUGAGCCGCCUCAGCCUGCCUCCUGUGUCCCCUCAGAGAUGCUCAUGUUACCAGCUUAUGCUGGACAAUUUUUCCAGCCAGCUCCCAACCUGGAUUAUUAUUCACAAUCUUCUCACAUUGACAGUUUUGAUGAAGAGCCUCCUUUGCUAGAAGAACUUGGAAUCAAUUUUGAUCACAUAUGGCAAAAAACCUUGACGGUGUUAAACCCAUUGAGGCCAGCAGAUGGCAGCAUUAUGAACGAGACGGACCUGGCCGGACCCAGCCUUUUCUGCAUCGCCCUGGGAGCCACCCUACUUCUGGCAGGAAAAGUUCAGUUCGGCUACGUGUAUGGCAUGAGUGCCCUUGGCUGCCUUGGGGUUUACGCCUUACUGAACUUGAUGAGCUCUUCAGGGAUGUCCUGUGGCUGCGUGGCCAGUGUGCUGGGUUACGGCCUGCUGCCCAUGGUCAUCCUGUCCAGCUGUGCCAUCUUUUUCUCUUUGCAUUUUGGCCGGGGCUGUGUUUGAACCCGCCACCUCUGGCAUAUGGAGCCGGUGCCCUACUCCUUUGAGCCACAGGCGCCACCUAGAAAUGCUGUUUUGUUUUAACAUUAGAAUAACUUAGAGCAUACUUUAUCAGCAAGUACUCAGCAUUUUAAAGAGAGGGAUAUACAACGAGAAAUAUAUCCUUUGAAUGUAUAAAUACAAUAUGAGUUAUAGGUAUACUUAUUGAGUUUUAUUCAUGAAAAAAAUCCCACAUUUUAUAUACUAUCUCUUUAGUAAGCUGUUCUAUUUGCUGUGCUGUUUAGUAUUGAAAUUUGGAUGUUAGUUAAGAGUUCAGUUCUGCAACUUCUACUUUGCCAGAUGCUUUUGAAAAGAAUACUGUCAUGGUCUAUGGCCUAAAAAUGCUAAAUCUUAAUCAUUGUUUCCAGCAAAGUUAAGAUUUGGGGUAUCUUAAAUGACUUUGUAAUAUACGAGUAAGAAAAAAAAAUAGAACUUUUGGAUUUGGUGACUCAUUAGAAAUCUGGACAUUUUCAUUCUGAAAUUAUAAAGGAUGAUCUAGAGAUAUUUUAAUUUGUAUUAAAGGGGGAGCAAACCAUCUGACCUGUAAUACUAUUAAGUUGAAAUUGCCCUUUCCAGCAUAUUACUGUAUUAUUCAGAUUAAUCAUAUAUAAUUUUAUAUUUUUGUCCACAAAACAUAUACAUUUAAAUCACUUGCAACUGUUCCUAAUAGG